AGUGGAGUAGAAAAAGUAUAUGUGUGCUGUGACUUUUGAGAGUUAGGGUUUGGCAUAUACCAUCAUUUCAGAUGGAUUUAACUUAGCUAUGUCAGCUUGGAUUCUCCUUUCUGUUGGAAUAUGUAAACUCUCUUUGAAAUAUUAAUGAUGAUCGAAGAGAAAAGUUCAAAGUAGAGGAAUUAUCGGAACCCAGAAGUUCAUGAUGGCUAACUAUUUGUGAUUAUUUUUGGAGUCAAUCAUAAUUUCUCUAAUAUAUAUAGAAACUUCUCUCAUUGUCUUCCUCACAGCUCCAAGAUAUAUUGAAUUAUGAAGCUGGGAAGUGAUCAGAAAGGUGAUGGUUUGAUGAUGGAUGCUUCAGGCAAGAGCAAGGACGGGGAAGGAGAUAAUGAAAGUAAGACUAAAAAUAGCGCAAGCUCGAGCAAUAGCAUUGUGGAUGAGAGCGAGAAAGCUAGCUCCAGUGGGGUAAGACCAUAUGUAAGAUCUAAGGUGCCUAGGCUAAGAUGGACUCCUGAUCUUCAUCUUUGCUUUGUUCAAGCUGUCGAGAGACUUGGUGGCUAUGAGAGGGCAACCCCAAAACUAGUGUUGCAACUAAUGAACAUCAAGGGGCUAAGUAUUGCUCAUGUCAAGAGCCACCUGCAGCAGAUGUACCGGAGCAAGAAGAUCGAUGAUCAAGGUCAAGUUAUAGACAGUAGGGGAGAUCUUAUUGGUUGUUCGGGCUACUAUUCUCACAACUUUUGGCAACACUCUCUGCUUCCAAAUAUUGAUCACAAUCGUAGUUCUGAUUUCAGGAGCAGAAGCGUUUCCAGAAGUACUGGACAUGGAAACUGGAUCACCAGUCCUUCUGUACUGGGACCAGAUAGCAUGAAUAUUAGAAGUGGAGCUGGAUUUUAUAAUUCAAUUUCUGAGAGGAUCAAUGGAGAAAUUGGCUCGAGCACAAGGCGUGGAUCUUUCCAUACGUGCAACAACUCGACUUUCACCGACCAACGUAGAAAGCUAAAGCAAGAAUUCCUGGAUAAUGAAUCUCAUCAGCCGAUGUACAAUGGCAAUUCGAUCCAAGGCCAAAUAAGUUCAACCACAAAACAGCCCUCUUUUGCAGCCCAGUUUUCUAAAAGAGGAGGGGACUCUAAUGAAUCAAUCAGCUUAGAGACAAAGUGGAGCUUUAAUGCGGAAAAAAGCAACAAGCCUAAAAGGAAGGCUGAUGAUCUUGAUUUAAGUUUAAGUCUCUCGCUUUCCACAAGAUCGAAAGAAAAGGAAGUCAGGAGAAGUUUAUCGUGGGAUGAGGAAGACGAGGGCAGCAAUUUAUCUCUUUCUUUAUCUUCUACUUCAACAAAAGAAAGCAAUUCUAUAUACCUAAGCAUGCCAUCAAAGUACCCAAAACUGGCAAGUACCCUGGAUCUGACUAUGUGAAUUUGUGAAUUCAAAGUGAGAUGUUGUUGGUACUUGUACAAGAGGAUUGGUGCCAAUAGAUUAAUGUUGUGUACUGCGAUAUCUGGCACUGUCAACUUUCCAUGCAUUUAUGUUAUUCAUUUCCAAAAUA